UCUUCACUAGCACAUUCACCACUCACUCAUCAGUGUCAAACAAUGGCAUUAUCUAUCAAAGAACUCUUCUCCAAAUAUAAUUUCAGAAGAAAUAAGAAACUUGUUUUACUAUCUGCCGCCGUAGCCUUGCUCCUCGUAACCGCCGUCGUUGGAAUCGCCGUGGGAGCUUCAAAAACCAACGAAAAGGGAAAACGAACUCUAUCUCCGUCUUCUCACGCCGUGUUAACAUCCGCCUGCAGUUCCACGCGUUACCCUGAGCUAUGCAUCUCCGCAGUAUCCACCUCCGGAGGCGUCAAGCUUACGUCGCAGAAAGAUGUCAUCGAGGCUUCGCUUAACCUCACGACAACUGCCGUGGAACACAACUACUUCACGGUGAAGAAGCUGAUCAAGAAUAGGAAAGGACUAACUACUCGCGAGAAGACGGCGCUUCAUGACUGUUUGGAGACUAUUGAUGUGACGCUCGAUGAGCUUCACGAGGCGGUGGAAGAUCUCCAUUUGUAUCCUAACAAGAAGUCUCUCCGGGAACACGCCGGCGAUCUCAAAACCCUACUUAGCUCCGCCAUUACCAACCAGGAGACUUGUCUAGACGGCUUUUCUCAUGACAGGGCCGACAAGAAAGUCCGCAAGGCCUUGUUGAAGGGUCUGAUCCACGUAGAGCACAUGUGCAGCAAUGCACUAGCAAUGAUCAAGAACAUGACUGAUACCGAUAUAGCCAAUUUCGAGCUAAAAGCUAAAGUCACCUCAAACAACCGUAAACUCAAGGAGGAGGAGACUACGGUGGCCGCAGAUAUUGCUAGCGUCGGAGAGUUAGACGCGGAGGGGUGGCCGACUUGGUUAUCCGCAGGAGAUAGGAGGCUUCUUCAAGGGUCUACAGUGGAAGCCGAUGCUACCGUGGCGGCUGAUGGUAGCGGUACAUUCACAACUGUGGCAGCUGCGGUUGCCGUGGCCCCGGAGAAUAGUAAUAAGAGGUAUGUAAUACAUAUAAAAGCCGGAGUUUAUAGAGAGAAUGUGGAUGUGGCCAAGAAGAAAAAGAAUAUAAUGUUUAUGGGAGAUGGUCGGACAAAAACUAUUAUUACCGCAAGUAGAAACGUCGUCGACGGUAGCAGCACCUUCGACUCCGCCACCGUUG